AUGGGGAAAAGAGGAGGAGCUAAGAGGAAGGCCAGCCACAUAGAGAUGGAAGAGGCCACCCGCCUGAACAAGCCGUCUAAGCAAGACACCGCUCGGCCAUUGCCAAAGCGGCGGCGGCUCAAGGAGAAGCCCUGCUACUCCGAUCAGCCCCGCAACCUGGAGGAUCUAUGGAAGGCUGCCUUUCCUGUUUGUACUUCAUGGUAUCACGUCGACUCUGUCUACAACGAAUUCAAGUGGGAUUUCUCCCAUCUUGAACAAGCAUUCCAAGAGGGAGGAAAGCUGCAUCAUCAUGAGAUCAAUGCCAACAACGACAACAGCAACAAAUUCUAUCUGUUCGGAACAACCGAAAUUCAUAAACAAGAUGUCGGAGAAUAUGUUUUGAUCCCUGUGGUGGUAGCCAUUGUAUCAGCUUCCCCGCCUUGCCAUCAACUAGGCUUUGACGUAACUGAUUAUGACAUGCCGGGAGCCAAUGAACGAGUUAUAAUUCCAAUGAAAAAGCUCAAGAUGGAUUGGAUCCCCUACAUUCCUGUCCACAAGAGACAAGCCAAAGUUGAGAGACUCAUGAAGAGAUCUCCUCAGAUAUUUGUGUUAGGCUGCACUCAGAGAAAGGUUGCUUUAGAACACAUCAACUCAGACCGUUGCCUCAAAAUUCAAUACUCCGUGCCCUAUUUACAUAAUCAUCAUGAUGGGAAUGAGGUUGAUAAGACUAAUACUAGACCGUUGAGUCCACUGAGGGAGUUCCUCCUUGAGCAGGUGAUACAAGAAGAUGAAUUUUUACCUCAAGAGAGAAAGGAUUUCCUGAUGGGGUAUGUCAGGGAGCAACUCUUUGAAGCAAAGAGAGCAGCUAAUAAAAAACCGAGGAUUUACAAGUUCUACCCCCUACCAACACCGCACACUCCUCCCCUUAGGCACAAGUUUGCCGGCAUCAACAACUUUUGCCCGGACGCUGAUGAGGUUCUGUGA